ACUCUUGUCUUUAAUACUACGUAAUCUGAGAUAGGGCUGAAUCUGCUCCAUAUUUAAAAAAACUAAAAAACAGCACAACUUUUCUUAUCUUUACCUGGGGAAGAGUUCGAUAGUUUCAUAGGAUUGCAAACUACUUGAGAGAUGUCAAGUUUAUUUCACCUUUCUUGGGGCAUCCCUAAUCCUCUGGAGGUCUCAGUGGGUUCGAUAACACCGCACCACAGCACAAACAAUAUGGGACUGAUGGGGCACGAAGGUAAACUAAGGAGGCAGCACAGUGCAGGCCACCUCGAGUCCACCAGCCACCCCGUGUCCGGCGUACCAGUGUGGACGCUCUCAAAGGAGCUCGCUGUACCACCGACACGCCAUGGCCGUCUUCCCCACAACUAGUUGGGGCGCCUGCUGUGUCUCAAGUUAGCAGUCUUUCUCUCCUCGUAGAAAAGAAAGUCUUUAUUCAUUAACAGAGACAAAGCCGAAAAAGGCAGCGAGCAACGUACAUACGUAAAAACCAAACUACUGCACUUAACCACCGCGCUCUCCGCGAAUCUUGCGGAUCUUACGUCUCUUCCCAGCAGGCUCCGGGAGUCACCGCGAGACUUCAUCAAUUCUCGCGAGUUUUUUGGCAGCCAUCUUCUUGGGGGUGCUGGGAGCCGGGAAGACCCCCUCAAUCUUUCCCAUUGAGGUGCCCUUCUUUUUCGUUUUCUUUACUUUUGCUGCUUCUGUGUUUCCAACAAGCACCUAGUCCCGAGGCUGAGGGAAAGCUCGGGUGUAAGCGCGUGUCGCGCUUCCGGUCCGGGUAGAUUUGCUGAAGAAGAGAGAAGGGGGAGGGCCCGAGCAAACCGUUGCUGUCUCAGUCCGGGACGGGGGCCAGGGAGGGGAAGAUCCUGGCACCCCGUGGACUCGCGGCCUGCGGCGGUCCCUGUAGAGCUGUUCGCUGAUCCGGGCUCGCUGGAACCUGCCACCUGCGCCUCCCACCGCGGCCCACGCGGGCGGCGCGCGGAGGAGGGGGCGGGGGCAGCGGCGGCCGUAGCGGCCGCGACCAGGGCGGGCGCAGUGUGAAGGGCCUCGGGGCCGCUGUGGAUGGUUUCUAAAAUGAUCAUUGAAAACUUCGAGGCACUCAAGUCCUGGCUCAGCAAGACUCUCGAGCCCAUCUGUGAUGCGGAUCCAUCAGCCCUAGCAAAAUAUGUUCUGGCUUUGGUAAAGAAAGACAAAAGUGAAAAAGAGUUAAAGGCAUUAUGUAUUGAUCAGCUGGAUGUAUUUCUUCAGAAAGAGACACAGAUAUUUGUGGAAAAACUUUUUGAUGCUGUGAAUACAAAGAGUUAUCUACCUCCUCCUGAGCAGCCAUCAUCAGGAAGCCUGAAGGUAGAAUUUUUUCAGCACCAAGAAAAAGAUAUAAAGAAAGAGGAGAUCACUAAAGAAGAAGAGCGUGAGAAGAAGUUUUCUAGAAGGCUAAAUCACAGUCCUUCCCAGUCAAGCUCCCGAUACAGAGAAAAUAGAAGUCGUGAUGAGAGGAAAAAAGAUGAUCGCUCUCGCAAAAGAGAUUAUGACCGAAACCCUCCUCGAAGAGAUUCAUACAGAGAUCGAUAUAAUAGAAGACGAGGACGAAGUCGCAGUUAUAGCAGGAGUCGAAGUCGAAGUUGGAGUAAAGAACGGCUUCGUGAUAGAGAUAGAGAUAGAAGCAGGACUAGAAGCAGAAGCAGGACGCGAAGCAGGGAAAGGGAUCUGGUGAAACCUAAAUAUGACCUGGAUAGAGCAGAUCCAUUAGAAAAUAAUUAUACUCCAGUGUCUUCAGUGCCUAAUAUUUCAUCUGGCCACUAUCCUGUACCUACUUUGAGCAGCACUAUUACAGUAAUUGCUCCUACUCAUCAUGGUAAUAACACUACUGAAAGUUGGUCUGAGUUUCAUGAAGACCAGGUGGACCAUAACUCUUACGUGAGACCACCAAUGCCAAAGAAACGGUGUAGAGACUAUGAUGAAAAAGGUUUUUGUAUGAGAGGAGACAUGUGUCCCUUUGAUCAUGGAAGUGACCCAGUAGUUGUAGAAGAUGUGAAUCUUCCUGGUAUGCUACCCUUCCCAGCGCAGCCUCCUGUUGUUGAAGGACCACCACCUCCUGGACUCCCUCCACCUCCACCAAUUCUCACACCCCCACCUGUAAAUCUUAGACCGCCAGUGCCACCUCCAGGUCCAUUGCCACCCAGUCUCCCACCUGUCACAGAUGAUAUUUCUUAUUCUUUGGUUUUGACAGGACCACCACCUCCACUUCCUCCUUUGCAGCCAUCUGGCAUGGAUGCUCCUCCAAACUCUGCAACCAGUUCUGUUCCUACUGUAGUAACAACUGGCAUUCAUCACCAGCCUCCUCCUCCUGCUCCACCCUCUCUUUUUACUGCAGUUUUUGUAUUACCAGAUACAUAUGACACAGAUGGCUACAAUCCUGAAGCCCCAAGCAUAACAAACACUUCCAGACCUAUGUACAGACACAGAGUGCAUGCACAAAGGCCUAACUUGAUAGGACUGACAUCAGGGGAUAUGGAUUUGCCACCCAGAGAAAAGCCUCCUAAUAAAAGCAGUAUGAGGAUAGUAGUGGAUUCAGAAUCAAGGAAAAGAACCAUUGGUUCAGGGGAGCCUGGAAUUCCUACAAAGAAGACUUGGUUUGAUAAACCAAAUUUUAAUAGAACAAACAGCCCAGGCUUUCAGAAAAAGGUUCAAUUUGGAAACGAAAAUACCAAACUUGAACUUAGAAAAGUUCCUCCAGAAUUAAAUAAUAUCAGCAAGCUUAAUGAACAUUUUAGUCGGUUUGGAACCUUAGUUAACUUACAGGUUGCCUAUAAUGGUGAUCCCGAAGGUGCCCUUAUCCAAUUUGCAACAUAUGAAGAAGCGAAGAAAGCAAUAUCAAGUACAGAAGCAGUAUUAAACAAUCGCUUUAUUAAGGUUUAUUGGCACAGAGAAGGAAACACCCAGCAGUUACAAACUACUUCCCCAAAGGUAAUGCAGCCUUUAGUCCAGCAACCCAUUCUGCCUGUUGUGAAGCAGUCGGUCAAGGAGCGCUUGGGUCCAGUACCAUCAGGUACUGUUGAACCUGCAGAAGCCCAGAGUGCCACUUCAGACCUUCCUCAGAAUGUAACUAAGUUAUCUGUGAAGGACAGGUUGGGUUUUGUAUCAAAGCCAUCUGUUUCAGCAACUGAAAAGGUGUUGUCUACAUCCACUGGCCUAACAAAAACAGUGUAUAAUCCAGCUGCCUUGAAAGCUGCACAAAAAACCUUACUUGUUUCCACUUCUGCAGUUGAUAAUAAUGAAGCACAGAAAAAAAAACAGGAGGCACUGAAACUCCAGCAGGAUGUACGGAAAAGGAAACAAGAAAUCUUAGAAAAGCACAUUGAAACACAGAAGAUGUUAAUUUCAAAACUGGAGAAAAAUAAAUCAAUGAAGUCUGAAGAUAAAGCAGAAAUAAUGAAAACUUUAGAGAUUUUGACAAAAAAUAUUACUAAGUUGAAAGAUGAGGUCAAAGCUGCUUCUCCUGGACGCUGUCUUCCAAAAAGUAUAAAAACCAAGACUCAGAUGCAGAAAGAACUGCUUGAUACAGAACUGGAUUUAUAUAAGAAGAUGCAGGCUGGAGAAGAAGUCACUGAACUUAGAAGAAAGUAUACAGAAUUACAGCUGGAAGCUGCUAAACGAGGGAUUCUUUCAUCUGGUCGCGGCAGAGGAAUUCAUUCAAGAGGUCGGGGUGCAGCUCAUGGCCGAGGCAGGGGUCGAGGCCGAGGGCGAGGUGUGCCUGGUCAUGCUGUGGUGGAUCACCGUCCCAGGGCAUUGGAGAUUUCUGCAUUUACUGAGAGUGAUAGAGAAGAUCUUCUUCCACAUUUUGCGCAAUAUGGUGAAAUAGAAGAUUGUCAGAUUGAUGAUUCUUCACUUCACGCAGUAAUUACAUUCAAGACAAGAGCAGAAGCUGAAGUAGCUGCAGUUCAUGGAGCUCGUUUCAAAGGGCAGGAUCUAAAACUGGCAUGGAAUAAACCAGUAUCUAAUAUUUCAGCUGUUGAAACAGAAGAAGUUGAACCUGAUGAAGAGGAAAGAGAGAUCAUCAUUGCCUGAAUUUAGUUUUGUGACUACAAGAGCAAGACCUGUUCCUGUCUGGAGACGACUGUUAUUAUAAUAUCAUCCUAUCAUUUUAUGUUUGCCCUUUAUCAAUUUGAACAGAUGUUUACAUGUAUUAUAAUUAGCAUUUUAUCUUUACAGUUCUCAGAAAAGAGUACGUCUGAGUCCAGAGUGUAUUUGAAUAUGUGCUCUGUCUGACCUUAUUCUUAAAUGUUUUCUCUCCUUUAUUUAUAGCCAUUUAUUUUUUAAACACCUUACAAAGGAACAAGGACUUUUUUGGCUUCCCAACAAUGAGACACUUUCAGUCUUAGCCAAAUUGAGAAUUGUGUCUAGGAAAUCUAUAAAGCCAUGAUACUGUGUUCAUUAGCAUAAACAAUUUAGAAUGAAGAAAAUGAAUUAAAAAGUUAAACAUGAGUUUGGUUUUAAUUUUUCUGAGUUUUAAUAUAUAUUUAUGGGAAUAGGAUAGCCACUGAAAAUAAUUUUAUUAAACAACUGACAAAAUACUUUUUUAAACACUGUAAUAGCUUACCUAUUCUGAAUAUACUUAACUGAUGUCAGUGUUGUUGCCAAGGCCCACUUACCCAGAGUUUUUAAAAAAAAAAAAAAAAAUUAACUCUUCAAAACCAAGGAAAAAAAUUUUCUCUUUUCAAGUAGUAAGUGGUGAUUUAUGGAUUAUAAAUAUUAAAAAUAUCUAUUAAAUGUCUAAUUUAUGCAAAUUUUCCAUUUUUUCACUUACAACAAGACAUCAAAGACAAUCUUUAAAACAAAGGGAAAUAGUGUUGUAUGACUAACAUUGCUAAAGAUUAGUUUUAUUAGAAAGUGUAUGUCCAAAUUGUUUAUAAGCAAUGUCCUAUAAUUACUUAUAAAAGAUAUAAUUAAACAUCAUCUUAAAUAUUCACCCACAACCUACAUUUUAUAAUGGGCACCACAAAAGAAGUUUUUACUUAAUUUCUGAAUAUUUCUUCAUAGAUUCUCAGGAGGCAUUUGAAAAGUCAGAAUUUAUUCUUGGUAACAAUUCUUUAUGAGAAAAGUUCAAAUUACACUAAUUCGAUUCACUCUUUUAUGUCAAUCCAGCCAUACUCAUUAUUUCACCUUUUUGUGCAAAGCUGAAUAUUCUGCAAACCUUUUUUCCUCAUGAGUUAUGCAAUGCAUCUGUCUUCAUGAAAAAUAAAAUGUUAGUAAAUCAGUCAUAAUACAAAUUAUCCAUGGUGAUCCACAUUGGUUGGACAUGAUUGUUAAUGCUCGGCUUGAUUAAAGGAGGAGUGCACAUUUUGGAAUGUGUUCUAAUAUAAUUAGUGACCUAGUGAUUGGUAAGGCAUUUUUAAAAUUAGGUUUUGUUUUGGUUCGUAUUUGCUAACUAGCUGCAGGGAGUUAGCAAAUUAGUUAGAUUAGUAUUAGUUUGGCAUUUUUUAUUUUCAACAAAGGGUUCUCUCCCCCCACAAUAAUGGUUUAGCUGCUAAGUUAGAACCCAAAGGAGACUGAAGAAACAUACUUGCUGUUAACAGUGUUGAUUGGUUAACAGAUAUGGACCAUGUACCACUACCCUCCAACUUUGUUAUCCUUUUUUUCCCUUUACUUUUAAAUUAAAAACAGCAAAGAUGCCAUUGGGAAUCAAAAGUCAAGAUUAUUUGAUUCUCAUUAAGAUCACUGAGCUUUUUGAAAAUUGCUGUGAGAUCCAAUCAGUUACAUAUUUAAAUCCCCAUAUGUUGAUUAAUUAAAGAUUUUCAUUUUAUUUUCUCGAAUAGGAUUCUCAUGGAGCUAUGUAUAGAUAAUUGUACAGAAUCACUUUUGUGUAAUUGAAUGAAGCAGUUUACCUCUGCAUGAUUGCAUUAUGGAAGCCUUUUAUAUAUCUUUAUAUUUUUCAAUAUACUUAGAUUUUACACUAUUAGCUGCUUUAGUCAUGCUAUAUUUGUUUUUUUUAAAUAGAGUUUAUAAAUAUGCUCAAAAUACAGAUCAACUGAAUAUUUUUGAUCUUGUUUACAAGAUAAAUAAUACUUUAAAGUGAUUUAAAGGCCCCUCAAGUGUCUUAGGAAAAAGUCAUUGGUGCUACAAAACCUUUCACUAUCAGUUUUGAACCUAUUGUUUAGGCUUUGCUGGGCUUCAAUCUAUGAUUGUUUAUGAUUUUUUCUCAUCUAGCAACAUAAUUAUAAAAGUGGUCUGUACUGAGUCAUAUAGAGUCCAGCCCAUUAGAAACAUCUCAUAAUUUAAGGAUAUGAUGCUGAGUGACCAUAUACUUAUUUGUGCCCAGAUUCCCAAAAAGAAAAGUAUUUAUUUUGAUAAGAGGAAGGUGAUUAAUUUGGCUAGAAUCAAAAAAUACAUUCAGCCUGGCUGUUUCCCACAUUUCAAAUGGAAAACUUCUAGUCCUAGAAUAUUAUGUAAUCCCCACUCUGCUUUAAAUUCCUAUCUGUCUUUUACUCUGUGGGAGGCAGAAUAAUUCUUACAUAUUUACAAAGUAUUUGGUGAAUUGUAAAGAGAUAUAUUAUUGCAUUGUACAAGUUUUUGUGUUGAUAAAUUUCUGUCCCCAAGAUUUUCUUCCAGCACCUUAGUGAAUGUUCAUAAGAUACAAUUUUUAAGUAUCAUCAAAACAUUCAUAGAUGUUUACUUUUGAUUUUCAGAAGGCUGAACCUGUUUUGGGUGUGAUAUUACUUCAGAACAUACCGUCUGGCACAAGAUUUCCUUUAAUAAGUUUAUUUUAACUCAUUUUCUGUGGACUGUUGAAUUGAAAAACACCAAAGGAGUCUCUUCAUAUCUGGAGACUGGAUUGUUCCAGUUUUUAAUACCUGUGCCCAUAAGUAUCCCAUUUCACGAAUGUGUGUUGGCAUGGGGAAAAAAAACUUCCCUGCUCUUUGCGUGGAGCGAAAGCAAUUGGUUAAGCUGUAGCAGCUUUUUUGUUUAUUUUUAAAAGUGAUAAUAAAACGUGAACUGAAAAAGGUAAAACUUGAACUAGAAACCUACUCUUGUAUGCUUAGAAUGUUUAUAGUAUUACAUGUUUAUGUGGGGUUGUUAGCAUUUUUAUUAUUUAUAGUUGAAUUAUGUUUUGUUUGUUUGAAUAUCCAUAUUGUUUAUUAUUUUUGUAUUUUGAAAAAUUUUAAAAUAAAAUAGUCUUACUAAAAACA